UGCUCACAUCCCGACAUGGGGAGGAUCAACAUCUCGUGUCUGCUCCCUGCCUCCUGGCACUUCAGCAUCUCUCCCGUGGGGUGUCCGCGGGUCCUCAACACCUCCCUGCGGCAGCUCCUGGUCGUUGGGGUCCUCGCCGCCGCCGCCUCCCUGCUCUACUACUCCGUGCUCGUCCUCCGCAACAAGUACGGACGUGCCUACAGGGAUAAGAGGUUCCACAGGUAUCUUGCCCGGGUGACGGAUACUGAAGCUACCGACACGAACAACCCCAACCUGAACUAUGGGAUCGUUGUGGAUUGCGGCAGCAGCGGCUCCAGGAUCUUCGUGUACUGCUGGCCCCGACACAACGGGAACCCGCACGAUCUGCUGGACAUCAAACAGAUGAGGGACAAGGACAGAAAGCCAGUGGUCAUGAAAAUUAAGCCAGGUAUUUCCGAGUUCGCCAGCUCUCCUGAGAAGGUCAGCGACUACAUCUCUCCACUUCUGAGCUUUGCUGCUGAGCACGUGCCCCGUGCAAAGCACAAAGAGACUCCUCUGUAUAUUCUCUGCACUGCAGGAAUGAGGAUUCUGCCAGAAAGCCAGCAGAAGGCAAUACUGGAGGAUCUGCUCACCGACAUCCCUGUGCAUUUUGAUUUUCUGUUCUCAGACUCUCAUGCAGAAGUUAUUUCUGGGAAACAGGAAGGAGUAUAUGCGUGGAUUGGCAUCAACUUUGUUCUUGGAAGAUUUGAGCACACAGAUGAUGAGGAUGAAGCCGUCGUGGAGGUCCACGUGCCAGGCAGUGAGAACAAGGAGAGCAUCUUCCGUAAGAGGACAGUGGGUAUUCUAGACAUGGGCGGAGUGUCGACUCAGAUAGCAUAUGAAGUCCCUAAAACUGAGGAGGUAGCCAAAAACCUGCUAGCAGAGUUCAACCUGGGCUGCGACGUGCACCAGACCGAGCACGUGUACAGGGUCUACGUGGCAACGUUCCUGGGCUUCGGAGGGAAUGCAGCUCGCCAGAGAUACGAGGAAAGUCUGUUUGCCAGCGCCGGGCUCAGGAACAGGCUGCUGGGCAAACAGAUUGGUGUGACUUCUGAUUCACCCUACCUAGAUCCUUGUCUGCCCCUGGAGGCUCAGGAUGAGAUUAAGCAAAACGGACAGAAAAUGUAUUUGCGUGGAACAGGAGACUUUAACCUGUGCCGUGAAGUUAUCCAGCCCUUCAUGAACAAGACCAACGAGACGCAGACGUCGCUGAACGGCGUCUACCAGCCCGCCGUGCACUUCCACAACAGCGAGUUCUACGGCUUCUCCGAGUUCUACUACUGCACCGAGGACGUGCUGCGCAUGGGGGGGGAUUACGACGCUGCCAAGUUUAUUAAGGCUGCAAAGGAUUAUUGUGCCACUAAGUGGUCCAUCUUACGGGAACGUUUCGACCGUGGUCUUUAUGCCUCGCAUGCUGAUCUCCACAGAUUGAAGUACCAGUGCUUUAAGUCUGCCUGGAUGUAUGAAGUAUUUCACAGUGGCUUCUCUUUUCCUGUGAGUUACAGCAAUUUGAAAACAGCUCUGCAGGUUUAUGACAAGGAAGUGCAAUGGACACUGGGAGCCAUUCUUUACCGAACACGGUUUUUACCUUUAAGAGACAUCCAGCAAGAAAACUUCCGCGGAAGUCACUCCCACUGGAGAAGCUUCUCCUUUGUUUACAAUCACUACCUGUUUUUUGUCUGUUUUCUGAUCGUGCUGCUCUCCAUCCUGCUCUACCUGCUGCGGCUCAGGCGGAUCCACAGGCGGAUGCAGCGCAGCGCCUCCUCCCCUUCCCUAUGGAUGGAGGAAGGCCUCCCGCCACAGAAGAUCCCAGGAGCCUUGUGAGCUGCUCGGUGUGGAGAGCUGCUAUGGGACUUCCUACAGAAAAAGCCAUUUUUGCCUCAGGGUUUCUCCUUUUCGUCCCUUUAAAUCACGGAAGAAUCAGAUUGCCCCAAGUGCGGAAU